AUGGCAGCCGGCGGAACAUCCUUACUAACUUCUGUUGGUCUUUGUGGACCCUCAGUGGCGGAUAAAUCGGAAGAAAAAAUGAAUGGCACAAAGUUGGCAAGACUGCUUAUUGAUGAAGGAACAAAAGUUCUGAGAAAAUUCCUGGAGUCCACGCAUCCAGGGUCAACAUUACAGGACGCAUUGGACAACAAUCGCCCAAAGCUCGAGGGUCUGAGGUGGAAGCAAUUUUUAUUUGAUGAGCAAUGGGAGAAAUUAUUUCCUUCCUUAGGUAAACCAGAUCCGCAAAAAUUCGACAUCACGCUCUUACACCUAUUGCUACAUGAAAUUUGUCAUCUAUCGGCUCCUCCGACUGGAUGGCACAAAAUGCCUGCGGACGCUGAUGCGAGCCCUGAAGCCAGCAUCGUGCGUAUCAAAUGCUAUGGAAAUGAGCUUUGCCACAGUGUUUCUACUGGAGUUCCGAAUGACGAAUUCGAAGACAAAUGGGACAAAAUAUCUUCGUCCUUAGAAGUACUUAAGGUUGCCGUCUAUCGGAAGAAACUUCAAUCCCUGAAGAGUGCUCCUAUCGAUCACAAAGCUCAUUUGGUUGAGGAGGAACUAGAUGAGCGGAGGAGGGAGAAAGAACUUGAGAAGAGUGGAAAGGUCUCUGAACUCUCCAGUUGUCUUCCUGAUGACUUGCCAGGAGAACAUGAUAUUAUCGGCCGUGGUGAUCAAAUACAAGACAUCAGAGAAAAAGUUGAAAGUGGAACGGUUCCUGUAAUUCUGAUCACUGGUGGACCGGGAUUUGGAAAGACGACCGUUGCCAAACGAGUGGCUUGUGAAUUAGAUAGGCUAAAAGAUCGAACUGUUUUCUUUUGUAGUUUAUUAUCAAAGAAAACGUUCCACGAUGUGACCAUGGAAAUGUUUAAUUCAUGUAGUAAAGUGGUCAACACGCAAGUGCCGGAGAAUCCGGGGCAGUGGCUUAAAGACUGGAGCAAACAGAUCCAUGACCAGGUCACUUUUGUUCUUGACAAUGCAGAUGGUGUUCUCGAGUCUGACGAUCGUGAACCAUUUCUUGAAACCUUACGUGAUGUGAGAAAGUUAUCGCGACGAAAUGUCACAUUUGUAAUCACUGCGAGAACAACAUUUGAAAAUCCCGACUUGCCGUUAAAAGAGGUUAGGCUACCCCCGUUGUCGACUGAACAAGCCAAAAAUCUCCUUGUUUCUCAGGUUCGCUCUUAUAAACAAGAUGUUCAACACGAGCUUUGCAAAGCAGAGCAACUUGUCAAAUUAUGUGGCUGUGUUCCUCUGGCACUGUGCAUUGUUGGAUCUCUGCUCUCAGAUUUCACGGAAGAAACACUCAUCAAAAACCUCGAGAGAGAACCACUGGCUGUCCUCGAGGACGAUCAUGGAUCUGUAGAAAAGGCAAUAAAAACGUCUUUCGAUCUUCUGACAGAGGCUGAACGAGAAGCCUUUGUUCUUAUGUCCACUUUUCAAGGUUCGUUCAGCUCAGUCGCUGCUGAGGCUGUUAUGAAAGCAUGCUCUAUCCCUGGAAUUUGGCCGAUCAAGAUUAUUCGUUCCUUGAAGAGAAAAUCGCUCAUAGAGCAGCCAAGUUCCCGAAGAUAUCAGAUGCAUCCACUCAUUCACUCGUAUGCAAGGAAGACCGGUCUAGAAAAUGAUCCCGACCUUUUAGCUAGAGGGGAAAAAUUGGCCUGUGUCCACUUCAUUUCUUGUCUAGCGAACAAUGCCAACAUGUACUGGAGAAAGGACAGCUGCAAAGAGUCUCUUGAUUUAUUUAACGAGGACAGGGACAAUUUCGAGUACUUUUUACACAUCUACGCUCAGAGAAGGAAGGACCAGGAUGAGAAAAUCGCGGAAUGCUCUAAGACCUUUUUGGAAAGUUUUCCACAGAAGUGCAUGUAUUUGCAGAAGUGUCUCCCUCCAAAGAUCUACGCUCAUAUCCUUGAACAGUUACUGGACACGUUUGACUCAGUUCUUGAACCGGUAAACUUUGUGGAACUUUCGUGUACCCUUGGACAUGAAUGUAGGAAAAAAGAUCAGAUGAAGUACAAUGAACUUAUGCGGAAAGUGGAGAGAAUUUACUCUUCAAACACUGAUGAGUUUGACCGAAAUCCGUUGGCAAAGGUCUACUUUCAUAACAGUUAUGCACGCUUCCUUUCCGAUAAAAAAGAUCCCAGUCAAAAGCAAAGAAUUGAGAGAGAGAAUCAAAUUGCUUUAGAUGUAUGCUAUGCAAGUUUGGGUGAUCGUCAUCCAGAGACAGCAGCUACUCUUCUCCUUACAGGAAUAAUUGCACAACGCCUUUGGAAUCGUGAUGUAGCUAAAGAAAGGUUAACAAAGGCGUUAGAACUAUUUCAAGAGGUCCUUGGUAAACAUUUUAUGACUGCUGAAACCCUGAAAGCUAUUGCAGACCUGUUGCUCGCUCCCGAUAAAUCUGUAACCGACUUGAAACCUUGCCUUAAGUAUUAUGAAGCAGCUUUGGAAAUGUUUGAUCAUCUAGGAGUGGGUGGAAGCAAGGAAAGUAUCUUGCCAUUAAAGAACUUUGCGAGUUGUCAUACGACAAGUGGCAACUUUGACGAGGCAAUGAAGUUAUUUAGGAAGGCAGAACAGGUUGCAGAGCGAGAACUAGAGAAAAAUCACACUUGGAAAGUCUCGAUAAAGACUUCACUGGGCUUAUUGCAUGAGAAAAUGGGUGAAGUGGAGUUGGCGAAAAAGGCGAUGCUUGAAGGACUGUUAAUGCACAAAGAACUAGGACUUGCAAUGGACAAGAUAGGAAACAAACUCAAGAUUCGGAAAUUUAUGAAUCGAUAUCCGAAGACCUUCCCCGAGGCUGAGUUUCCAAGAAACGUUUCCGGGCGAACUGGCCAUUAAGGCAAACAUUCAAGCAAAAAGUCCAAGGCUGGAUCACCAUAAGAAGGGGACAAAGAAAUGUUAGUGGUGACAAGAAAGAACUUUAAGAACAAUGUGGUAUUCGACUUUUUGCAAACUGACGACCGAAACAAAGGAAGAAGAGGGAAGGGAAAUAAGUAAUGUCAUUAACAACUCGCAAAUACCCGACAGUCGUAGGUCGUACUUUUUUAGAACAAUUUAUUUCAGUAUUACAGAUCGAACGAGCUGAAAAAAAAAUCAUUGCUGACCCACAAAAAUAGCAAAUGUUUAAAACUUCAGUGUUUUGCAAUUUAUGACAACACAAUUUUGUAAGGAAAAUUUUACUAGAGGACUUGUAUGCGUAUGAAACGUUUUAGUUCAUUAAAUAAUGCUCGGUGAA